AUGGCCGUCCGUCUCUGGGCGACGUCCGAGGACCUCGGCGCCAUGAACCCGGACCUCGCUUGGUACAUGACGAUAGAAGGCGGCUUCUUCUACGCGGUGCAUGCGUCGGAACCCGGGUACUCCCUGGAGCAGCUCAAGCAGCUCUUGCGGCCCGUCCUGUCCCUGCGCAUGACCUUCCUCGCCACUAUCGAUGCCAUCUCGCCGUUUACGCUACCAACGACGCUCUUCCCGCGUCUCCGUCAUGCCGAGUUUGUCAACGUCUCGAGCGCUGCACUCCUUGCACCGUUUACAAACAAUGGCGCGAUCAGUAGCAUGCAGAUCGCCGACUCGAACUUGCCAGCGCUCGACCUCUCGCGCUAUACCAACCUCUCGACCCUCACCCUCAUCACCGUUCGAUGCGAUGCUUCCCCGAUCGUAUUACCGACGUCCUUGGCGCCGCCCCGUCUCGCCAUCAACAUGACCUCGUCCAACGCUCACUUCGCCUCCCUUGGCGUCGCACGGGCGUACGCUCUCAACAUCACCACCGACUCGGUGGACAACUGCCGGGCACUUCAACGCACGUCGUUCGAGCCGAGUACAACCACACCCCGAUGCCUUUGUGUCAACACCACCCUCGUGUGUCCCACAACCCCUACGAUCCCGACACCCCCGACGAUUGCCUUGCCGACAAGUGGAAGCGCGUCGUCGCUGCCAUCAACUGCCGUCGCCUCGGCCCUCUCGACGGGCGCGAUCGUUGGUGUCGUUCUCGGAGCGCUUGUGUUUCUCUGUCUUCUCAUCAGCCUCGCGCUCUACUAUCGGCGGCAGCACAAGACGCUCAAGGCGCACGUGUGGGCAUCAAACUCGAACCCGUCGUCGCCGAACGAGGCGUACCUCGAGGUCCGGUCGCCGCACCAGCGCGUCAUCUCGCUCGUCGCGUCGCUGCCAGACCCGUGUCAAGUCUUUCGCGACGCCUUCCCGGACUUUACACUGCCGCUCGAGAAGGAAAAGACGUCCAAAUUGGCCACGAGCCGGUCCAUGCGGCUCUGUUAUAGCAACGGCGCCAAGCUCGCGCUCUUCCCGAUCAAGGUCACCGCGUCCGACAAGGCUGCCUUUAUCCAGCGCGUGCAAAUGCUCCGAGAUCUCCCACCCCACCGCCACCUCGUGGCGCUUCUCGGUGUCUCGGUCAUCAACUUCCGCACCGAGUUUGCGGUCGCCGUCCAGUUUGCCGAUCGCGGCAGUUUAGCGCAUGCGCUGCACCAUGGACCGCCCGUGCCCGCACCACUCGAAAUGGCCCAUGGCAUUGCAUCCGGUCUCGCCGCGCUGCAUGCGCAGACCGUGUGCUUUGACGGGCUCACGCCCCAUCGCGUGCUCGUGGACAAGGCGUUCACAUGCCUCCUGGAUACACUCCACCUGCUCCGCACGCCGCACCACCACCACAAUGCCCUUGUGUCAUUUGGAUCGGACAACAUGGCCUACAUGGCCCCCGAGGUGCUGCGGGGCGAGCCUACGACAGUCGCGGCCGAUGUCUAUGCGCUGGGCAUGCUCCUCGGCGAAAUUUGGACGCGGACACGACCGUACACCGCGCUCCUGACCGGCCACGGCUUUGUGCACUGCGAUAUGGUGCUGCUCGCCGCUGCCCGCGACCAUGUGCGUGUGCCUCCGUUCGACAUGGUCUCGCACGCCGGCGUUGCUGCGGUCGUUGCCAUGUGCACGGUCGACGACGUCACCGCGCGGCCGACUGCCGAGGGCGUCGCCGAUGUGCUAGUCGACCUCGUCCGUGCGUCCGAAGCGUCGUCGUCGCGUCUGUCAUCGUCGCCGCAUCAACUAUAG